UCGCCGACUGGAAACACGUUUAUGCUAUAAGUUUGUGCUUGACACGCCGAUCUCUUUGAUUUAAACUUGAAGGUGUGGAACCUGUCAUCUGGUAAAAAUGUCGGAGCAGUUGUUGCAGUGGUGUGUGGAACAGUUACAUCACAAGUUUGGAUUGGAGGCGGGUGAAGAAAUCGUCCAAUACAUUCUAUCAAUCGAGAAAGCUGAAGAGAUUGAGGAAUAUGUGGGAGACCUCCUGCAGGGCACAGAUGGGAAAAAGGGGCAGUUCAUUAACGAGCUCCUCAGCAGAUGGAAGAAGACUCAAAGACAGGCAGCAGAUACCACAGGUCUUUUCAUUCUCAAAGAAUCUGUUUCAUCACCAGAUGCACAAGAUAUGACCCGAGAUACCCAGAAGAAAUCUAAACGAAAAGGACGCAACAAACAGGAGGUGAUGACCGUGAGCCAAGCAGAACCUGUGCCAGAAGCUGUAAAAACCCCCAUUGAUCUGAUGAGGGCCCAGGAAAAUAGUAAUACAUCAUCAUCAAAGAAGAAAACAAAGUUUGUCAAUCUCUACGCUAAAGAGGGUCAGGACAGGCUGGCUGUGUUACUCCCAGGUCGGCAUGCUUGUGAAUGCCUUGCCCAAAAGCACAAGCUUAUUAACAACUGCAUCACCUGUGGCCGUAUUGUGUGUGAGCAAGAGGGCUCAGGACCCUGUUUCUUCUGUGGCAGCCUGGUCUGCACAAAAGAAGAACAGGAGAUCCUCCAACGAGACUCCAACAAAAGCCAGAAACUAAGAAAGAAGCUCAUGGGCGACUUCGGAGAAAGAGAAUAUCUCUCACACCAAGAGGCCACGAUGAAGGCUGGGCUGGAGAAAGCAAUUCAGCACAAAGACAAACUGCUGGAAUAUGACAGGAAUAGUGUCAGAAGAACACAGGUUCUGGAUGACGAGUCUGAUUACUUUGCCACUGAAUCCAAUCAGUGGUUGUCACCCAAUGAGCGAGAGAAACUGAGGAAAAAGGAAGAGGAGCUGAGAGAGCUUCGCCAUGCCUCUCGAAAAGACAGAAAGAUCACACUUGACUUUGCUGGUAGACAAGUAAUUGAAGAGGGAAACAACCUGAAUGAGUAUUACAACAAGUUGGAUGAGACCCUCAAGUCAGUGAGCAAUGAAUCGGUGUCUAAAUCACCAGUGUAUUCUGAAAGAAAGGGUGGACGGCAGGGCCUCAGAGAUCUGGUGAAUCCCAACAUAAUGCAAUCUGCACCAGAGUGGGUUGAUGUUGGAGGGAGUGAAAGCCACAAGAAACCAAUGGAGAAGGGAAAGAGUGCAAUGGAGGACAAGGGAAGAGAAGAACGACACCGCUUGAGGCUCCAAGACAAAGAGCUGCAGGAGAUGUCCGAUGGCGGCUGGUGCCUCAGCAUGCACCAGCCGUGGGCCUCGCUACUGGUAAAGGGCAUCAAGAGGGUAGAAGGACGAACAUGGUACACGUCACACCGUGGGCGACUUUGGAUUGCAGCUGCAGCAAAGAAGCCCACCCCUCAAGAAAUCGCAGAGGUGGAAGCCAUGUACCGCCACAUUUAUAAAAAAGGGCCCAUGUUUCCUAAAGACUAUCCCACUGGCUGCUUGCUGGGCUGCGUUAAUGUGACUGACUGUCUAUCUCAGCAGCAAUUCAGAGAACAGUUCCCUGAUACCUGUGAGGAGUCUGCUUCUCCAUUCGUCUUCAUCUGCACCAACCCCCAGGAGUUGCUCGUGAAAUUCCCCAUGAAAGGGAAGCACAAGAUCUGGAAACUGGAGAGCCACUACCACCAGGGUGCCAAGAAGGGACUGGUCCCAUCAGCUGCAGAUUGACGGUAAAGGAGAAGCUGAAGAGGACAAAAAAGCAACUUUUUUCCCCCCACCACUAUUUUUGCCAGGAGUUUCCAGAGCUGACAUAUUAUUAGUAUCAGUUUGGUCUUUGUUUUGAAUUCCUGGUAUUUGUAUUUAAUUAAUCAAUCCUGGUUAAUUGUAUAGAAUACAAAAUUGUAUGAUUACACCUUUUGUGAAUGCAUAAAUAAUUUCCUUUCUUGUUUCAAUUAAAGAACGCGUUUGGCAA